AUGGUGAAACGUACCGUCAAGUACGCAGGGAAGCUUCUCUGGAUGAAAAGUCGACACCCACGGGCAAAGGCGGCCUAUUCUGUGGGCCUCGUUUACCUUGUCAACCCAAAGUUGGCCCUGCACCACGUGAAUGAGAUCGAGAAGCACGUUGGUUUCCAUAACGUUAAGGCAGGCUGUGACGGUGGGGAUGUGCUGGUAGGAUCCGAAUUCGGUGAAUGA